AUGUACACGUGUCUCGCCCUCGCCCUCGCCCUGUCACCGCGCAGCUUGUCCGUCCGGAGACGAGCCUCGGCCGCGCAGAGCCGCCGCUGCGGGCCGCCCGUCGGCGCCGCGGAUGUCGACAUCUAUGGCCGUGCGGUGCUGGCGCCGCUCGAGGCGUCCGCGUCGACGGCAGAGCCGGUGGUCAAGGUGUACUCGGUGCACUGCUCCGUCAACGUUGCCAUGCCGUGGAGCAACAAGCCGCAGGAGGAGAGCACCGGCUCCGGCUUCACGAUGCGGCAGCAGCACGACGGCCAACUCGUCAUCCUGACAAACGCCCACUGUGUGGCGGAUGCGACGUACGUGGAGGUGCGUAAGGCGGGCGACUCGCAGAAGCACGUGGCGCAGGUGGCGCGCAUCGCGCACGAGUGCGACCUCGCCACUCUCACCGUGUCGGACGACGCCUUUUGGGAGGGCGUCGAGCCGCUCGAGUUUGGUCCGAUGCCGUCGCUGCAGGACGAGGUUUCGGUGGUGGGGUACCCGGAAGGAGGCGAGGGCGUCUCGGUCACGCAGGGCGUCGUCUCGCGCAUCGAGAUCCAGCGGUACGCCCACUCGGGCGCCAACCUGCUCGCGGUGCAGAUCGACGCCGCCAUCAACCCUGGCAACAGCGGCGGGCCCGCCCUCAACGCCGACGGUGACGUGAUCGGCGUCGCCUUCCAGAACCAGCUCGACUCGCAAAACAUCGGGUACGUCAUCCCCGCGCCCAUCAUCGCCCACUACCUCGUCGACGACGCCCCCUCCGACCCGCGCCGCCCCGCCGGCUUCCCCUCGCUCGGCAUCUUCUGGCAGGCCCCUCGACCAGCCGCACGCUCUUCUCGCCGCUCCUACCUCGGCAUGGAGGGGCGCACCGGCGUCCGCAUCCGCGGCGUCGCGCCCACCGCGCCCGCCGCGGCGCUCCUCCGGACAGGCGACGUCCUCCUCGAGCCGGACGGCUCUCACCAACCACCGCCUCCUCGAGCCAACCACCCGCCCCACCAACCAACCACCCGCACCCGCGCCCUCCCUCCGCGCCCCGACACCCCCCUCGGCGGACAGGAGCGGCUCUCCUUUGCGCACCUGAUACACCUCAAGUUUGCGCACCAGACCAUCGGCCUGCGCGUGCUGCGCGCGGGAGAGGCGCGCCACACGCACCUUGUUCCCGUGCGGCCGCUGCAGCGGCUCAUCCCGCCGACCGCCUACGACGAGCCCCUCCCGUACUUCAUCUACGCCGGCCUCGUCUUCGUGCCGUUCGUCGAGCCGUACCUGCACGAGUGGGGGGACGACUGGCAGCAGGACGCGCCGCACGAGCUCGUGCAGCUCGUGCUGUCUGGCGCGCAGAGCGAGGCAGCCGAGCAGCCAGUGCUGCUUUCGCGCGUGCUCCCCAGCCCGCAGACGGCGGGGUACCUCACGCUCGCCGACCGUCGGGUGCUCUCCGUCAACGGCGAGCGCGUCCUCAACUUGAGGCAGAUGCACGCGCUCGUGCAGCGGCUGCAGGCCGAGUGCGACCACCUCGCCUUCGAGGUGCAGUGCGUGGGCGGACCCGCCGUCAUCGCCAUCGACACGUCGACCGCCGAGCAGGAAGCGAAGGCGAUCCUGGAGACGUACCGCAUCCCCGCCGCCGCAUCCCCGGACUUGUGCGGUCAGUCUGAGACUGACGCGCAGUCCGGACAGCCCAGACUGUGA